UCCUAAACAAGCAUGCGAUGAUGCUAUGUCGCCAAGACCCCCGCUAUCUCGAGUACCUGCAUCAACAGCUCCAGUUGGAAGCAUUGCAUCAACAACAUUUCACCAUGCCUUUUCCUUUUGUUCUACCUACAACUUCGGGUAUUUCUUUCACUGAUUACUUCAGUAGUAGCACUCAUCCAUCGCUUCCAAAUUGUGCAACCACUGCCCGCGGUGUCGUCCGGGACGUGUUGAAACGGUAUAAGCGUAUCCCGCCCGCGACGCAAGCUUCCAAUCUCUCCACUGUCCUCGCGGCAAUACAAGACUACCUGCCUUACUUAUUUGCUCUCGAUGCUGGACUUAGUGGGACGAGCUGUGCAGGAGAAGAAAUUGAUUUGGUUUUGGUGAAAGAGCUUGAAGUAGAAUGGCGUUCGACAUUGGGAUCCGCACUGCCUGGACGUGAACCUGCUCGCAUCAAACUGAGGAGCCUUGAGAGUGAGCUCUUCUUCACAUUAUCCACACUUGCAUACGUCUAUAGCUUGCAAGGGAGAGCUCAACUUCACACGCUCUAUCAUGCGACCCUUCCUUCACCUGAACAACGAAAAACCGCCAUAAGUACAGCCAUGAACUAUUUUCUGGAUGCAAAUGCAGUACAUACUUACUUGGUAAAUCGGGCACAGCAGUGGAACAACCAGCCUCUUGCAGCAGAUAUAUCGGGUCCUGUGCUUGGUGCGCUGGCAGAGUUGUCCAUGGCAGAAGCUACCAUCAUUUCUGUGCUGAAAGACGACCCUUAUCCAGCCGUCAUCGUUGAAGAGCGUAACAAGCAAAAUAGGGAUUGGAUGUUCAAGGGAGUCGAGAUACCCAAAGUACGCGCCCACCUUUUCGCUCGGCUAUGUUUGGCUGCAUCCGAACAUGCAGCAAAAGCCCAAAGCAUGCUCGGUCGCGCGAAAGUCGAUGAAACUUUCCUCAAAUACGUCGAUGAUCUUCGGCGAACGGCCAAGGCAAAGGCGUGUCGGUUCCUCGGAUGCGAUGCUGAACUCGGGGGGAAGACAGGAGACGGAAUCGCCUGGCUACGAGGCGCGAAGAAAGAGCUAGGCUUCACCGCGGUCGGUGCUGAUGAAGACAAGAAAUCAUCGGGCCUUUCGAAACUGAAAAAGGAAUGGAAAGAGAAACGGGAAGAUAAGAAAGUGGAGAAGGGGGAUGGCUGGGGGGCUGAUGCUGGCAAAUUCGAAGAGGGUCGGAUCGUCGACAUGCUGCUGAAGAAGUGGGAGAAGAUGAACGACACAAUGGGAGUGCAACUCAUCCCUCCUUCCGAACAAUUAAUAGCCACCAUGCCAUCGGGACGAGAUAUUCAUACGCCCAAGAUGUAUAUCAUUCCGGCGCUCGAAGAGCAUUCUAUCAUCCGCAUGCGGGCUCCACCAGACCCCGGGGAGGCUUUUGAGGGUGAAGAAGACGAUAGUGGCGACGAGGAGAGAGAAGCGGCGGCACAUGGCGCACCAGUCGGUGCUUUCCCUGGAACCAAGGGAGAGUAUUCAGCGGGUACAAGUUACUAUUAAGCUCUCGUUUUUCGCUGGAGUCCUUUGGAUCGUCUUCUUGGGCGUUUGCUUUGCGUUUUGCAGUGCCGUUCAAUCAAGCAAGUACUUUUGGCAACAUCGUCUGUUUGGUAUGUAGUUGACCCUAAUGCGCCAGCCUAUCAUAACAAGCUUUAAACACACACACACUUUCUCUCUCUCUCUCUCUCUCUCUCUCUCUCUCUCUCUCUACCGCAAGAUAAAUCAACAAGAUGCAUUGUCCUAUCGCGAGGAAUACAACAUUAUGAACAGUGGCCCAUAUUACUCCAAGACAUACGGAUUGUUGAUAUUGCCAAGUUCUAUCACUCAUCCCUCGUGAAGAGCUCUAAUAAGUCACCGGAGUGGGCCAUCGCCAUAUGUGCAAGACAAGACAGUCAGAAAAGACUUCUAUAUCGGGCUCUAGUCUUAUCGUCGUCUGUUAGAGGGCUCGGUUCGCUGCCAGCCGUUGCGCCCGCCUUCCCCCCGUAUACUGGCCCUACUUAAGUACCAUUCGGGAAGGUUUAUGCGAAUGAUGGCAUGGCAUGGCUGUUCAGCGUUGUAGAAUCUCAUUACUUUCUUACAUCAACCGAAAUCAUUCAUCGUUCGAGCCAUUUCGUUCUACCUAUACAAUAAUGGUAGCAAUGAUACAUGCACAUGUGUAUGCGCAUGUUGUCGAGAUACCAUGAAACAAUUGACUUGAACGUGUGAUGAUGAAACAAACACGCUCUUAGCGAAUCCCGAGGAAUCCGACCUUGCUUCUUCCUUCUUACACCCAGCGAUUAGCCAAUGAAUUGGAUGAUAGUCACGGAAGAAGUUUAUCUCGCUGAUAGCCCCCCGCUUUCUAUCAUUUGCCCAUAUUGACGC